GUUUCCUCCAAGGAGAAGUUUUACUUUUAUGUAUAGCACCUGUUGUGUCGCCAGUUGGCCGUCUGCGCUCUCCAAAAAUUCGGAGCCGCCGUCACAGACACCUCGCAAGACGUACAUUUUCUUUCUGAACGUUUCUGGACGUUAAGCGCUUCAACUGUAAUUUUAUCCAGAAUUGAUAGCAAGUUACAUUGUUUGGGAAUUAAAUGUGAUUGGUUCUGAACAACGUUAUGCAUUGCGUACACUUUACGCGAAUGGACUACGUAUGUUUGCAGGGAAAGUGGAACACUUUGCAAACGGUCACGUGUUUGUCUCGCAUUUGAACAGAGCAUCGUAAAUUGUGAGAUAACAGUCAUACACAUUUUCAAAUGUUCUCUUGAAUGUUUAUGUGCGAGAGUUUUUCCAGAGUAAUUUAGCGAACAGGUGCGCGCUCACAAAGUUACACUAAUAAAUGCGCGCUGCUGCGUCCACUUUGAGCAGAUGCUUUUCAAGGAACUUUCCACAAAGAACUUUCCGCAGUAAAAAACAAAGAAGAUCUCCGGCCGAUCAGGAUUAUGUGGACUUUACUUUGCGUGUACGUCUUACAGAUGUGGUCAAAGUUGGAUACCCGACUCACAAACAAUAUUCCUGCAUGGUGAUUGAAACAAAACAUUCUAAGUGCCCAUAAGCGCCAACAGCCACCAUUUAUCCAAAUGAUUCCGUUGCUUCUCUUGAUUCUCAUAUCGUCUCUACAUCAGCAUGGGUCGGUGGCGGAAUCGAGUCACAUCAGUAAGAUUCACCACGCAAGUACGAAAGAACAAAAUGGAGUGCAACAAGAGUCUCCUCAACAUGAGAAGGUCCUCGGUGUCAAUGGGGAUGGCAUUAUUCACAGUCCUGACUUCCCCAACACAUACCCCAGGAAUACUGUUAUAGUGUGGAGACUGGUGGCAUUCACUGAAGGUUCCAGGAUCCAGCUGUCUUUUGAUCAACGGUUUGGCCUGGAGGACGCUGAGGAUGGCAUUUGCAAGUAUGAUUAUGUGGAGUUGGAGGAGCCUGUUGGAGGAAUGGUGCUGGGUCGGUGGUGUGGCUCACAGGUGGUACCAGGGCCUCAGAUAUCCAAGGGUAACCAGAUCCUGAUUCGCUUUGUGUCUGAUGAAUACUUUCCCUCCAACCCAGGAUUCUGCAUCCGUUACUCAUUGCUCCAACAGAGGCAGUCAGAGCAUGAGACACCUGCAGUGAUGCCUGCAUGGAUGCAGAGUGUGGAUGCUCUGAGGGAGUCUGUUGCUGGUUUGAGCACAAUGGAGGAAGUGAUGAAAUACCUGGAGCCAGACCACUGGCAGGUGGACAUGGAGGACCUUUACAAGCCUACUUGGCAGGUGGUGGGCAAGUCUUUUUUCCACCAAAAGAAAUCCAGAGGAGUGGUGGAUCUGAACCUGCUCCGUGAGGAGGUACGGCUUUACAGUUGCACUCCACGGAACUUUUCCGUGUCGUUGCGUGAGGAGCUGAAAAGAACAGAUGCCAUCUUCUGGCCUAGCUGCCUGCUGGUGAAGCGCUGUGGGGGAAACUGCACCUGCUGCUCUCAUCGCUGCUAUGAUUGCCAGUGCACGCCCACCAAGGUGGCCAAGAAAUACCAUGAGGUUCUGAUGCUGAAACACAGAGCAGGGAGUCGGGGGCUGCAAAAGGCUUUGAUAGACGUCCCCCUGGAGCACCAUGAGGAGUGUAGCUGUGUGUGUAAAAAUGACUCCGACUAAAGCAGUCCCAGGGAAAGAGCUCCACUGGCCUCCAACAGACUUUGCUGCACCCAGGGAAAUAUUUCUUGCUUUGUGUUGAUUGAGCUCUCAUGUUGCAGGCUAAUGAAACAAAGGCGAUGGAUAUCUUUUUAUCUUGACUCAUCUAAGCCUGAAGUUCCAUUCUUUUUGGCCUUGUAAAUCCAUAAAGAAUUAGCCCAUGAAGAAGUUUCUAUUGGGUCCAUGAUUAGAUCGCAUGGAAUAUUUGGAGGAAAAUUGGAUGCAGUCUUCUGUGUAUGUAUGCACAUGGAAGUUGUGUACAAUGUCCAUAUGUACAUGUAUGAUUCAUUAGUGUGUGAAAGUACAGAGCUGUGCAGGUUCAGGUAAUGAUAAUGCAUAAGAGAUUAAAAGUAGAUCUGUAUUUCAAGAUAACUAGAGGGCUGAAGUGAAGUGAGAGCAUUUGGUUUGGAUGAGUACAUGAAUAUAGCAAAAAGAGAGAAAGUAUGACAGGCCCAUCUGAUAAAGGAACCAAACUGAUCUUUGAAUUAUUGUCACUCCAAAUGGACUCCUGUUUUUUUUUUUUUUUAAAUAGUAGCUGUUACUUGGGAAGCAAUCGGAUCUGGCUGAAGAAAUUUUCUUUUUCAUAAUUUUUCUCUUCUGAAAAUAUCAAAGGACCUUUCAAGAUUUUGUCAUCAUAAAUGGAAGAUUGUGCAUUUACUUUCAGAGAUCAAAGGACAAUUUUGAGGCUGUACAGACACUACCUUAACAAACAUCCCACAGCAAUUAAUUACACUGUGAUCUUAAAGCAGCACUCCUUGAAAUCAGACAUUUCCAUUAAUAAUUCUUAGAAAAUCUUCCAGGAUAUAUAAGGAUGUCCUUAACAAUGAGCUUAACAAAACUGAACUGGAAAAUGUCCAUAACUUUUGCUCAUUUACUAUGUAUUUGCUGUUUAUAAUUAUCUAAGGACUCUUUUGAAAAUGUCUCCCAUUCAAGUGUAAAUAUAUUUUACAUUUUGCUUUGCUGACUUUUCCUAUGUCAUUUAAAUGUUUUAUAUCAAAAUUUGGGACAAGACUCAUUUUCAAUAGUAUAUUUUUUUCUGAAUUAGUUACUCAUUUUGUAGUGACAUUUAUAUUGUUACUGUGUUUUGGUGGGUUUUUUAAAUAGUUGUAUGAUUAACAAUGAGAUUGUUAUGUUGACUUAAUGCAAAAUAUUCUGAAACCAAUGUUAGGCGUUCAUGUAAAUGGACUUUAGAAGUUUAAGGGACAUAGAACUGCCAAUACCCUAUUCCUCUGGUCAUUAAACUAUUAACAAAAUUGCUGUGGUUUUUCCAAGUGACACAUAAAACAUUGGUAUGCUCAAGUGUUCUGCUGUUGUCAAAGGAUCAAAAAGCCCUGCCAGAGGGAAACCUAGCCAUGAAUCAUUAACUACAAUCAGCAUUUGAGGGAGUUUAAUUAGAUAACAAGUAAAGAUGUAUCACUGCUUAAGACAGCAACUGGCAGUCACAUUCACAAACUACUGCCUCUCUCACAUGUUUGCUUAUGGUAGACCUUCUACAGUGCUAACCUUUCAUAACCUUGAUUCAUGAGAAUUUCAAGAUGUGUUUUUGUUAUCUGUUUUGGUAAGUAAAAUCAUGUGACU